AUCGCACGUAUAGUCGUGCACGGUGGAUGCGUCGUGGUCCGCGUUGGUGAUGAACAGAACAGUCGAGACGCUCUUUUUUUAGUGAGUUUAGGAACGUGAAUUUGGAUUCAGGCCCACGUUUCCUCCGAGGGAACGUUUGCUCGAGAAGUGGAUCGAAAACGCUGAAAAGUGGACUCGCAGCGGGCCAUCGAGUAAAAUGUUGCUCGAAGAAGAUUUUGGGACGUGACCUGGGAAGAAAAAGUUGUCGCGACCAUCACUGUAUGUACGUAGGAAUCCCGGGAGAUCGAGGCCUCGGAAGAGAGGCUCUUCCGGUGCCUGGUGUACUUGAAUCGAAGUCGAACUGGCGGACGAGGAGGACCGCGUGCCUGAAAGGACACGAUUUGCAAACAAGCUGAGAGAGCUCGGGGUUAGACUAGGUGGAUGCCGAUAGAAUGCGUAGGCGUUCGUACACGCGCGACUUCUUAUCAGUCGUCAUGAGUGUCUCGAGCGAGUGGCAGGCGCGCGCCAGAAGGAGCUGAGAUGCAUAUGUCGUACUGGUUCGGCGUGGAUGUGGGCAGUUUCCUGUUUUCAGGAUACAACGUCACCACGGUAUGGGGUCUGGUGGCGACGUGCCUGGGUCUGGCUGCCCUCGCGGUGCUGUACGAGGCCAUGAAGGUCUCGCAGAUCUACCUGCAGCCGUCUGCCAUCAGACCCAUGUCUAGGACGACGUCGGCCACGUCGGAGAGCUCGUCCCUCCUAUCUAAAAUGAGACCAAAGAACCUGAGGACUCACACAAAGUGUGGAAGCUGCUCGAGUUGGACGUUGCAAACGUUGCACUGGUCGCUUCACACUGCGCUGGGUUACAUCCUGAUGAUGGCUGUUAUGACAUACAAUGCAUACUUCACCAUUGCCCUCGCCAUCGGAGCAUGCCUUGGAUACUUCAUAUUCGGGCAUACUCUCGUACAAUUAAAUAUGCAGCGUUUUUACCGCAAGCAGACAAUUGUGGAAUGUGAUAAGAAUUGCGAAGAUACUGUCUCGAAUCAACAGAGACGCGAAUCCGCUGUCUCUAUCGUUGCUGAGCAAUUAGUCAUCGAAGCAAACAUCGAAGUUCACGUACCGAGAGAUACGUGAGUUUUGUCGCCAAACCGUGCAGGUGGAAAGUCUGACAUUAUCUAGGAUAGUUGUUACUGUUAUGUUAUAUAAUUACAUAUUUGUACGCAUACGUAGCACAUUUUUAUACAGAUGUUUUAUUAUAAAUUAGAAAAAUACAAAUAAAUUUAUUAUAUUGUCUAUUUACAACUAACGUAGGAUUCUCUUGUUAUAGGUUUUUAUAUACCAGACACAAUAUUUUCUUACAAUGGUUACAAAAAUAUCUUACAAAUAUGGUAAUUAUUAUAAUGUUAACCGUUAAUACUUGUGAUAAUUAGAAUAUUUUUAUAAAAUAAAAUAUUUAAGAAACUUGUUAGAGCACAAAGAGUAAAAAAGUGACACGAUACAGGUCCUAGAAAAUGCAAUCAAUAAUUGAUGACUUCUUUUUCAUGUUGCAAAAAAUAUACAAAAAUAAAGAUCAAUGAUGAUUUCA